UCUUUUCUGUAUACAAUAAAUUAUGUUGAAAGUGUGCUACCGAUCGAUACACUGUUUUUAUCUAAAUAAAUACUUGUAUACAUUCGUAAUCUAAAUUCAAACUUUAAACGGUGACCUUGAUUGCUUUGAUUUUAAAGUAUAAUUUAUUUGUAUUGAAGGUGCUACAGCCUUCAGCCAGCCGAAUAAUAUCGAUCAUGCUACAGCUACAGCUUAAAAAUAUUGUUGCCCUUUAUUAUUCGAACAUCAACUACCUUAUCCUUGCAUACCAAACUGUAUAAAUAUAAACUUAUCUGUUGACGAAUAAUCGGGCGCGAAAGCUUCGUCACAAAACUACGCUAUUGUGAUUGGCUAGAAAAUUUGUCAGUACCAACUUAAGAAAUAUCUACAACAUUUUGGCAAUGUUGUCAGAUUCAUUACCAGUUGUGCUGGGCAGGUAAAUAUCGUCGCUUUAACGAGUAUAUUUUAUUUUUCUAAUGGUUUUCCACACGAUAACGAUGUUGUAAUAGUUGGAAAGAUACAUGAAGACCUCAUCUUUUCAUUGAUACAUUGAAUUGUCAUCAAUAAUGGAUUGUAAAAGAUAAACGAGUGUCUGUAAUGAACUCGCUCAUAUUGUUGAGACGAAGAAAUGGAGAGACAGCAGUGUAAUUCACUUCAAAACUUUGAUGAACCCAAAACAGAAAUUUUGAAAAAAAGAUUGUUGAAAUCAGCAAGCGCUUCAGUCAGCACAAAUUUAAUGCAAAAUAGUUCGCAGCAGAAUGUGCUACUGAACACGUUACGCGCGCCAAUAUCGAGCAGCAUGAUCGUGUCCUCGAUGCAGGCCUCACAGAGCUCCUUGCCCAUCACUCAUAAUUUACUUACCCAUUCAAUAGCUCCUGUUAAACUCCACCCAAACAACUCUCCUUACCCAUUGCAACUUUCAACAGUGCAUGUUCCAGUGCAGAUUCCAGGCUCCACAUCUAACAUUAAUGUCCCUGUUCAGCUAUCAGGACCUACAAACACUGUACCACUACAAAUAACACCCUCUAGUCUUCCUCUUCAAGUCCCUGGGACUACCAGUGUACCUGUACAGCUGCCUGCUGGUGAUACCAUUAAUGUUCCACUUCAAAUCCCAGCGGCAAACCCAAAUCUGCAACUACCAAACUUGCCCUCUAUGCCAAUGAUUCAGAACUCUAAUCAGUCACUUCACAGUUCAAUUAUUCAUGUCCACAUGGGAUCAAACCCAAGAACCAGUAUGGAUGGCAGUUCUGACAUGUUAGUGUCUAGUUCAUCCCAACUGCAGAUGCCUGAUACAUCAGGAUCUCAAGGCAAAGUAAAUAAUUCCCUUCCCCAAGUCCAAGUUGGUCACAAUAAUACUGUGAUUCAAAUGCAAAAUUCCUCCAAUCCCAACUCAAUACAAAUCCGAGGAGGCCACAGACCAGUGCCGCAUGUGGUGUACAUUCAGACUCCAACAGGGCUGAAGCCUGUCACAAGCACGGACGUCAUAACCCAAGCAAGUACAAGUGGAAACCCACCACAAAUCAUAGUAAGGAGACCAGUAACCAGCAAUUCAAAUUUACAUUUGUUACCAAAUGUAAAUAACAAACCCAACAUAGCUCCGAAGGUGCCACCACAGAACAAGUCUUCCAUCCUGGCUCCAGUUAAUUCAACUCAGCCUAUUGUCAUACAAAAACCAAAGGUCAACGACAAAAUGAUGGUCCCAGUAAGCAUUGCACCAAGUACCCCAAAUAAACAGGCAAUAGCAUAUCUUGGGUCCAUGAAGAAACCCAAUCAAAAGAAUUUAAAUGAAAACCAGUCCAUCCUCAUAUCUAACAAUCAGUCCAAUGUUAAUGCAAACAAUCAAAAGCUAUUUAUAGCUCCUAUGAAUAUGCCUAAAAUCCAAAAUACAAAGUAUAUCUUACCAGUGACUUUGCCAGCUACUAUGGCUUCGAAAGGUCCUAUAAUCAAUCUUCAAAUAGCCAAUGGCCAAAUACAGAAUGACCCACAAGGCAAUAUAACAGUCAUGAGAGAUACUGGUCCAAUUGACUCUCAAGACAUGCCACCAUUACAACCUCUUGGAAAAGUUGUAAUGAAUGGCAAGGAAUUACCAUUAAGUCCAAAUGGUGAUAAGACAUUUACGUUGUCAAUACCGGGCUCUAGGGCAGAACCUACCGGUGAACAAGGAGAAUAUACACUAUCCAUACCUGAAACAAAUGCAUCAAUGAAUGACGAUAUUUAUACAGUGUCGAUAGCAGACGAAGAUGGAGCACAUAGGGAAAAAUCUUUUACUCUUGCUAUUCCUGAGAAGGGAAAGAGUUUAUUGAACAGGAAUAUGAUAGAGCGGCAUGAGGUAAGCACUGUUACCGUUGCCGCACCUGCCAUACUAAGACGAUCGAACUCUGAUAAUAGUGACAGGAAAAUAGCAAAUGCCAACAUGAAAAGGCGUAUCUCUCUCUGCACUGAAAAUUUGUCAAAUAAACAUAUGAGACUAUCCCUGCCACAGAAAAUCGAAAAAUUAGAGGACCCGCACGAAGCUGAUAACAGCGAUGAUCAUCGUGUACCCUCACUGUUCUGUGAUGAAAAGUUAGAUAAAGACCUGGAUGCUAAAAAUUUGGACUCAGAUGCUGAAGAUUAUAAAGAGACUAAGCCUGAGACACUUGAGAGAACUUCACAUGAAAUAUACUUUACUAAAAUUGAAGAUUAUAGUAAAAACGAUGUCAAAGAAGGUGUUCUUGAAGAGGAUCCUCCAGGAUUAGUAUGGAACAAUGGAGUUGCAAGAUUACAGGGUAGCAACUUACAAUUUCAGACCAAUGAAUUUGGUCUAAUAGAUUUAAUAGAAGGCAGUGACCACGAAGAACUCAUCAACAAUGUAAAAUACCACACACCUGUUAAGCAACGCAUUGAUAAAGCCAAGAAGCCGAAUUCCCCAGAAGAUUUGUACCGGUGUGAGUGUUGUGGAUGCCAUGGUAUGGCAGCUGAGUUUAUUAACCCCAGUUACUGCAGUGUUGACUGUCAAAGCGAAGUAGAAAAAGCAUUACAAAAGAAGAAAGACAGAGAGCGCGUCGAUCUGGCUAAGAAGAAAAAUAAGAUCAAAAAGUUACUAAUGAGAAAACAGUUGUCAGAAUCAGAUAUUAUAUCGGAAGGCAAAGACGACAAAGUGCUGCUCAAGCAUUACAAUUCAAUGCCUUCUGACCAGUUGUCCGAAGAAACUUUAAUGAAACUAAGUGACGACUUAAUAGAGAAUGAGAAAUACCCGUGGAUGUGUGGAAAGAAUGGAUUUUCCUGGAUGCGGUAUCUCGACAUUUGUAAGUCAAAGGCUGCGCCUGUAAAGUUGUUCAAAAACCCAUUUCCUUAUAACAGAAAUGGAUUUAAAGUUGGUAUGCGGCUAGAAGCUAUAGACCCUCAGCAUCCAUCAAUGUUCUGCGUGGUGUCAGUGGCGGAGGUGCAGGGCUACAGGAUGCGCCUGCACUUCGACGAGUACCCGGACGUGUACGACUACUGGGUAAACGCGGACUCGCUGGACAUCUUUACGCCGGGCUGGUGCGACAAAAACGGCCGCGUGCUGAAGCCUCCUGGCAACAUGUCCGUGAACAGUUUCUCCUGGCCGCUGUACUUGAAGCAGAUGCGAGCUGUUGCUGCACCCCGGAAUCUCUUCCCGCACAUUACUAACUCGAUAUUCAAGCCGCAUUGCUUCCGUAUUGGGAUGAAAUUGGAAGCUGAAGACCGCAAGAACGACCUAGUCUGUGUAGCGUCGAUCGCUGACAUUCUCGACAACCGGAUGCUGAUCAACUUUGACUCUUGGGACGAGAUGUACGACUUCUGGGUAGACCCCACGUCACCCUAUAUACACCCCGUGGGGUGGGCUGAAGAGAAUGGAGUACCUUUAACACCCCCGAAUUUUUACAAAGAUCCCGAUACGUUUUCGUGGGAGAACUACUUGGCUGAGACCGGAGCUGCGCCAGCGCCGCCGCGCGCCUUCAAGCCUCGCCCUCCACAGGGCUUCAAGCCGGGCAUGAAGCUAGAAGUCGUUGAUAAAAGGGUACCAUUCCUAAUCCGUGUAGCGACAAUCAGCGCAGUGAAAGGUCACCAGGUGCAGGUGUCGUUCGACGGUUGGCCGGAGGAGCUGUCGUGUUGGUUCGACGACGACUCGCCCGACCUGCACCCCGUCGGCUGGUGCCUCAAGACCGGACACCCCCUCGAGCCACCACUCAGUAAGUGUUCUGCGGCGGAAGAGCUGCGCACUCCGGGCCCGUGCGGCGUGGGCGGGUGUCGCGGGCUGGGCUCGGUGGCGGGCGGCGCGCACAAGCACCACGCGGCCGCCAGCGCCUGCCCCUACCGCGCGCCGCGCCUGGCGCCCGACCGCCUGGCGCCCGGCAAGCCCGCCGACCACGUGCUGCCGCGCGAGCGCAGAGUGCUCAGUAAACAACCUAAAGCGAACUCGGUGCAUGCGAGCACUCCAACAAGCGAUACUAAAGAAAGGCCUCUAAGGGGAAGGCCACCGAAACACAAGCGAGUUGAAGAAGUUGUCAAAAAUGACCCGGCAUCGGACGACGAGUCGAUCUCGAGCGGCGGCGGCAAGCGCUGGCGCAGCGCGCGCGGGUCGGUCCCGCGCACGCUGCGCACGUACUCGCGCGCGUCCGCCGCCACGCCCGCGCCGCGCGCGCAGCACCUGGCCGAGCACCUCGCCGCGCAGCUGGCCGCGCACCGCGCCGCGCUCGCGCUGCCGCACGACCCCUCCAUCUGGACGCAGAGCGACGUGGCGGCGCUGGUGAGCCGGCUGGCGGGCAGCGCGGCGGGCGCGGCGGCGGCGGCGGCGCGGCUGGGCGGCGCGGAGCUGCUCAUGGCGUCGCGCGACGAGCUGGUGCAGUGCGUGCGCCUGCGCCUGGGGCCCGCCGUCAAGGUCUACAGCGCCAUCCGCCAUCUGCGCGACUCCUACACGUGAUCGCGCGCCAUCGCUAGGGCCAUCCUCAUGCUCAUCUGAGCGAAGUGCGCCUCUAGUGACGACUCCGAAUACUGACUUACUUGUACCACGAACCUUCAGUGAGGAUGUGUUACAUUACUGUGUACAAUAUAAGUGUUGUGCGGUCGAUAUUGUAUUAUUUUAUUUAUAAACUUAAAUGAUUUUUUUAAAUUGGUGUCUAUUACUUGGGAUAAUUUACAAGUGUCCAAAUUAUUUAAACUACAUGUUGUGAAGCUGAAUUAUAUAGCAACUUGUAAAAACUAAGCCUAUAACGGCAGUAGAUAUUCGGAAUCUUCUUUGACUGUAUGAGUGUUUGAUAAAGGACUAUACUUUUCUUGGUUUAUAGAUCGGAUUUAGAACAUGAUCAGACCAAAAUUGGCCAAAUUAUAUAUUCUCAAUAUCACUAUAUUUUUUAUAUCUGUUGUAAUAUUUAGAAAUUUCUUUAAGUAAUGUUAGUAUUAUUUAAGUAGUACUCAACGAAUUCAAUUUGCAUAGUCAUUAAAAUGGGGACAAUAUUUGCUAAGCUAAAACUUAUUGUUUGCAUCAAGCAAUACUGUAAGUAGGCACAAAACACAUAAAUUAUAAUAAUGCUUUAAAUGCAGUGGUUGUGAUUGUAUGCAAUCUUUGUGUCGUGUCUUCAAAUAGGGGAUAAUUGUGUAGAUAAUUCAAAUUUUACUAAAAAAUGUUGGACAUUUUUCUGUAUCAAAAUCGUGGGUGUAUUAUUUAAAAAAAAGAUGGUGUAUUCAAAUUUAGCAAUGAUUUUCUUUAAUGUAUUUUUAAUAAGUAGAUCAGGUUCUCAAGUAGUACUUAUUGUAGGACAACACAAUUAAUAUCACAAGAAGUAUUUUCAAUCAAUAAAUCUCGUUUUCGGACAGAAGCAUGUUUAUGCUAAGAAUCUGUUUAUCAAACUUGUAUGACCGUAGUUACAUUUAUAGAAAUACUGAACUGACUUCUUCAACCAUUGAAUCAUGGUUACUUUCAAGGACUCGUCUUUACAAACCGGGUUCAGGUUUUCGUCAGGCACUGGCAGCGGGCUUUCUCACCGGAUGAUCUUCUGCUGAAUUAGUCAAUUUUUUACUGUUGUUAGUUAAUUUUGUACAUAAAUUAUUGUUCAGAGAACUACAAGCCUGACUAGACGAGUGCCUUAGAUAUAUAUUGGUGUUCAUGUUGGUAACAGGUUGCACUAAUACUGGUUUAUUAAAUUUGAACUUUAUAUCUGCUGAUUAGAUGUUUUCAAUGGAAUAUACAAAACAACUCAUUUUUAUAUGUAACAAUCUUUAUACCAUAAAUGCUAUGUUAUGAUUCAGAUAGUACAUACUUAUAUGAACUGAUACAUGCCUAAGAAAUAGGUAUAUUGCAACUUACUCUUUUGUCUCAAUGUUAACGAAAAUAGACGCAAAGUAAUGUUGUGUUUGUAAAUAUUAUAAUUGUGUACAUAGUCAUUACCUUGUGCAAUUUAGUACCUAUUACACAUACUUAUCACUUAACAUGUUAUGGAAAAGUCAUUUGAAUUACCCAUGUCUACGCCCGUAUCUUAGAGAUGUAAGAGAGAACGAAGGGACACUACUCCUAUGUACUCAACCGACUACUACACCUCGUCUCUACGAUGUGGGCGUAGACAACACUAUGUUUAUCAUUUUAAAGUUUUAAACAGUGAGUGGUAAUUAUAUUUUAAUUUAUGAAAUUACUUUUAUUUAUACUUUCAAACUGCAGAAUGGAAUUACGUUUUGUGAAAACCAAAUCACGAAUUAUUUAUUUUGAAAUUGGAGUUAUUAUGAGUUAGCAACAAUGAUAUUCAUAUCAUCAUAAAUUAUAUUUAUGCUCGAAAAUACAUCUGUUUUUGGAUGAAGUUUUACAAUAUAAAUAAUUUAAAAUGUAACCAAAAUGGAAAUGUGUAUACCAUUAAUGCCAUUUCAAUGUUAGAAAUAUUUUCGAAUGUAUUCUAAGAAGAAAUUUAAUUUCAUUUAGGUUUUAUAAUUUUCUGCUAAGAAGAUCCUCAUAGUGUUUCUAUUCAGUACAUAAAGUAAGUAAUAAACAAGCUGUUACUUAUUUUGUGAGAUGUAAAUAUAGUGUUAUGAGGCUGCUAGAGUAUUUUGAUAGUGGCCACAGUUGUACAUAGCGCUAUGUACCAUGUAAGUUUUUACACGACGACUAGUUAGUAUAACAGUGCCAUUUCGAUUGGCACCAAAUAUUUUAUUGUUACUCUGUAAUUUAAUAAAAAUUGUGAAACCUAA